AUUUGAGAUUUGGGUCAUCCCUCCGAUAUGACCUAAUCUUUACCACACCUACCUCAAUUCUCUAAGAAAGAACAUAGAACAAGCCCUAUGCAAUAUUCAUCAAAAAUGGAUUCUUCAGCAAGUUUGUAUCUGGUGACGCUUCUUUCAUUAUGUUGCAUGCUCUUCCGCUUCAGUAAUGUUGCUGCUGUCCAAUAUGGUUCAUCUCAGCCAACAGCAUUGUUUGUAUUUGGAGCUUCCUUAUUAGAUGUUGGAAAUAACAACUACCUUUUCACCCUUAAGAGAUGUGAUUUCCCACACUACGGCAUCGACUUUCCCGGCGGCAAGCCCACCGGCAGAUGCAGCAAUGGCAAAAAUAUCCCAGACUUUCUUGCUGACAAAAUGGGAGUUCCGUCACCAAAGUCUUAUAUGAGUUUGAACAGAAGUAUGGAACCUGGAAAAUUCCUGGAAGGAGUUAAUUUUGCGUCAUCAAGUGCUGGAAUUCUCAACACUACUCAUAAAGGUCUUUGUAUUCCACUGGACACUCAGAUAGACUACUAUUCUUUUGUGGUUGAAGAUUUGGAGGAGAGUAUGGGAAUUGUCUGGACAAAAUGUUUCAUUUCAAACUCCAUCUUUAUUGUCAACAUUGGGAGCAAUGACGUGCAGGUUUAUGAUGGAACUGGUAUCUCAAACUUUGUGAGCUUAUUGAUAUCUACAUUGGAAGGACAACUGGAGAGAUUAUACAACCUUGGUGCUCGGAAAUUUGCAUUCAUGGGGCUUGAACCAGUUGGCUGCUGGCCAGCUUUAAGAGCUGUGAACAAGAGCACUGGAAAUUGCAACAGUGAAGUAAAUCAAAUUUCAGUCCGGUAUAAUGAGCAAGCUGCUGUUUUACUGCAUGAGAUGCAGUCAAAACAUGCAGAUAUUAAUUACUCCUUCUUCAAUACCUACGGAAUAUUCACCCAAUACAUCAAUGAUCCACAAACUUAUGGAUUUGGCAAUGUUACUGCUGCAUGCUGUGGAAUGGGAUUUCUGAGAGCAGAGAUCGCUUGCAAUCCCUUGGCUUCAUAUUGUUCCAAUAGAACAGAGUAUCUAUUCUGGGAUGGUUGGCAUCAAACAGAGGCCACUGCCAAGUUACUUGUGAACACUGCCUUUGAUGGAUCACCACCUGAUGUGUUCCCUGUUAAUGUGAGGCAACUGAGUGGGAUUGGCCUUCAGGCUGAGAUUAAUGCUCAUGUAACCCCUUUGUAGAUCAGUCAUAUAUUAAUGAAC